AUGGAUUCUGUUUACCGUCUGCACAGCCCUACUAUCAGUGAGGCAAGCUUCGAGUUCGUGAAAACUGAGAGCGAUGUGGAUUCACUUCUGCAGGUAGCUGAGAAGAGCCAGGACACUUCGGAUGCCAUUAGUUUGAAGAGCGAUAUCUCAUCAAAUGUUUCUGAAGAUCCAGAAGUUCCUGAGUCUGAUUUGAGCGUCUCGGAGGAAGAAGAGAAAAAAAGAGAGGAGAUCGUCAACGAUGAAACUUCUGACGACUCGGAGAAAUCUCUGAUUUCGACUGGAAACAUCAUCGGAGAUUCUAUGGGUCUCACUGUGGAGAUUCCAGAAAUCAACGAGAAACCCGUUGAAGCUGAUAAGGACUGUGGUUUGAUCAUGGAGGUGGAAAACGUUGAUGUUCCAAAAGGAGCCGAAUCCCAACAAGAAGAAAAGAAUCUCCAAGCUGAUCCAUUGGGUGUUAUCGAAACUCCAAUACUUCGGAAUUCAAACCAGACUGCUCUGGACUAUCAGAAAAUGGAGCAGAAAGUAAACACUAUGAGUUCUGAAAUUGAAAAACUGCAAGAAAGUAUAGAAAAAUGUCACCAAAAGGUUUCGGAGGUAUCUCAAACAAUGGAGAAUAUGCAAGCGGAAACAAGAGAAAGAGCAAAGGGACACACUUUCAUCAAUGAAUCGAUCUGUGGAGAAUGGCGUCUUCUCAACAUGGAAGGAAUGAACGAGGACAUGAAAGCUGACGGAGUUACCUUCCCAAAUCGUGUCAAGUCUCUUGUGGCCCAUACCAGAUUCCAUUUCGAUGGGUACAAACUGAGAUCCCACCAGCGUCUCUUCUGCAAAGUCUUCGGCCAUUCUGCAGUGUCUUAUGGAAAAUCAGUGGAAGGGAAUAUCACUUCAAACACGUUCCUCCGAGGAAAUAUGAUGGUCACUGACUGUAAGGAUGCAAGAGGAGUCACAUGCGAGAGAACGGAACGUUAUGUUGCGGAUGGACAUCUCCAUAUCUCGCAUAUCAACAGCUACGGAGAAAGAAACACAUUGGUCUACGAACGGGUCAGGCCUAAAGUAUCCUAUCUACUCUCGAUUGGAAAUGUCACUCGACUUUAUUGCAAAUUUUGGCAGAAUUGA